AUGGGCUCAUUCCGCCUGAGGGCGCCUUCUCCACAUGAUCCACCUGAUUAUGACCCAGUGGCUGUUGACCCCAGCCAUAGUGGCCCCUACAGCCUUUCAAAGCUUCCUGGUCCUGUUGAAUCUGGUAGUGAUGUUGGUGUCUCAAGUCCCAGUGUUCAGCGUUCUGCUCCGAAUUCCUAUAAAGCUGCUCAGAAGACUGCUGCUUCCCCUUAUCUCAUUCCUCAGGCUCCUGAACAGACUGGAUGUGUUCCUUCUGGAACAACUGACCCUAGUAUUCUUCCACUACGUCCCUUGUGUGAGCCUCCACCUCGUAAGUUCCAGGCAGGGGAUAUCUCUCACUUUGAGAGUGUCUAUGAGCAUGGCAACAGUCAGAGUGAGUCUGAAGACCAACAGUUCCCCCUUCCUGAGGUUGAGGCAGGCUCCAUUCCAGCCCCACUGCCUGCUACAAUAGCCUCACCCCUACCCAGAGUUCUUAGGCCAGAGCCUAGCCAGGAAGGGCUUGAAGCUAAUUAUGGUGAGCUGUUCAUCGCUGGGAAGUUCCCUGCUGGCACCAUCACCCACUUCAGAACCAACUAUGAGCAUGGGAACAACCAAUGGAGAUCAGCUGGUUUCAUCAGGUACUAUCCUGCUCCUGUCACAUACAAACCACUAUUUCCUAAACCCGGUGAUGCCCAGGACCAAGGUAAAGAGGACUCUCGCUCUGCCAAGGGUCAGGUUGGCUCCAGUCCUCCCCAGCAGAUCCAGGGUGGCUACUAUGGUUUAACUGACGGUGACUUCAUGACACCACGGGUACAACAUUCACAGCUUUAGAACCAUUCAUUUAUGUGCAAUAUAAUAAACUAAAGCAUGACUGAUUUGUGGUUGUCUGAUGCUCCCCAGGUUGUUGGCUCUCCCCAGGUUCUAGCUGGUUCCGGUUCUUCUCAGGAGACCUCCAGCUCCGACCCUCAGAACCUUGAACAAGACCCUUGGGCCCCUGAAUUAAUCGAGGCUCUCUGGAAUCAGGAAUCAGAAGUAGGGUUCCUGGAUAUCUGUACGUAGUUGCUACUGAAACAUACGUUGCCAAUACUUUUAAACACUGGUUUCUUGUGUUCCUCAGAUCCCAGUCCACGGACGUAGUUAUGGACCUCACCAUUACUACCGUCAUCCGGGUUACUAAGCCUCUAGCUCUAAGUCUCUACCUGGAUAAUAUUGACCAAGUACAAGUUCCACGUUGUCAUUUCUGUUUAGUUGAUGUCUUUACCAUAACACUUGUUUGUCUUCCUCAGCACGUCGCUCUGUACUAAACUGAAUUCCUAUGGUGUUUUCAUAAUGUAAUAAAUGAUUACCUCAAUUCCUUUAGUCAUUGACUAAAGAACUGAUUGGCCCUUGAUGGUGUUCAACAUAGUGGUGACUUCAGUCUCUUGGGUGUUACACUUUAAUGGUAGGUUGUGACUGGGUACCAUUUGAGGUAUGUACAUUUCUUAACUUGCCUGGAUAUACCCUGACUAAACUACUACUUUUACAUGACACACCAAAGGAGAGAUGACUAUUGGCUGGGAUUAGAUGUACGCUAUCUAAAGAUCAGACACCCAAACUAAUUUGUGAAACUAUUGAUCUAAAGUUACUUCCUAAAAUUAAUAACAAAUCAAUUUUGGUUGAGGGUGACGUAGGCUACUAAUAUUCUUAAGUGGUGUCUGAGGGGCAUUUUAGCAAUUACGCCAUAAAGAUUGUCAAUCACUGAGGUGGGUUAGUUUUCUAGCUGUGGCCAAGCCAUUGUGAUCGUUAGGACAUUGGUUGACGUAAUUGGACAGUGGGCUUCCCAGCUCAUCUAACAAAUCCCAAGGCUCUUUAGUUCAAGUGGGUGGUUACUCACCUUUUGCGCUGACACUGGAAUGUCUCAAUUGGAUGGCUAGUCGUGGUGGGCUUGAAAGACUGCGCGAGACUACAGUGGCAUAUUCACUCUGCUGGACGGACUGCCACACAACAGCCCACAGAGGUCAAAGUUCACGCAACGUUCUAGAGCAGGAGUCCCCAACCGGUCAUUCUCAAGGCAUUCCUAGUUGAUCAAACAUUUCUGUAAAGAAAUGGCUUCUUUUUUUUUAUAGCUCUCAUGCUGUUUGUGAUCGGCGCACCCGAUUUAAGCUGCGCCGGGUAGGCGAACUGUUGCCAUUUUGAAACAAAUGUCUGAAGGUACGACCUCUGCGGGGCCCAGAGUGCAAAUCAAGUGCACUAUAGGCCUACCACUGGCCAAUCGAUGGCUCAAAUUACCGUAUAGGCAGUAAUGUACCAGGCAUAAAAGAAAGCGACAGCAAAAUUGAUACUGAGAUGUCAAAACGUUUUAAAACAUGACAACUGUCAUACAAAGAGCUGCUGUUAGUGAGUUAACACUAUUCUACUUUUAAGCCAUAAAAUGUGCGUUCUUCCUAUUUCCACUCAGCGCUACAACAAGCACUGAAGCAGUAAUGAAUGAGUAGGAAAGUAUCUAUAGGCUUGCGUUAUUAGCUGCUUGGGUCUUUUUUUUAUAUCGAGGAAUAUUUCACUUUCUUUGAGAGUAACAACAUGUGUGCAUGAGGCAGAAAUAAUGCAGUAUGACUCUGGUUUCACCAUCAGCUGGAAGGUGUCCCUUUUUGUCAGUGGGGGAGAGCGGAGGGAUGCUGAGACCGAUUUUAGCCCAGUAAAAUAAAAAGCAAAUUAUUUAAAUGCUUGCUCAGCUGUGCCUCACAAAAAAAUACAACUGAUCUAUUACCAGUGUGAUCUACGACAAAUUUGGAAACAAUUUUUAAAAAUUGCCAGAACAAUGCAUUGGCAUGGCAAUUCAAGCAAAGCCAAUAUGCAGUGAUAAUGUAUUGGACCUAUAAGCCUACUGCACAAACCUCAUUGCUACAGUACUGUUUUUAAUUGGUUAAUGUUGCAUAGGCUUACGUUUUAAGUCAUGUUAAAAGAAAAUCUGAGCGGUAGAUCUCGGCUUGCAUUCUGAAUCAGAAAGUGAUCUUGACUCAGAAAAGGUUGGUUACCACUGUUCUAGAGUUUUAACCUGUUAACACUAUCAACUUUUCCCUUUUACUAUGGCAAUUGUGAUCGAAUCAACUCAAUAUUAGCCACUUUCAAUGCUACAUACCGAAACAAAAUGAACUAUGCAAGAGACGUUAUAGGCAGAACGCAUCGGAGUAGGAUUCCAUUGCAUUGACACACACUACACAGACCGAUGCGUAAACAAUCAGAGCGGCAGUAGGCCUAUAUGCAAAUAGACCAUUGCCAUAUAUGGAUCUGUGCCAUUCACUUUGAACUGGACUGUGUUUACAGCAUGAGCAGUUGUGAGUAGAUGCUCUUGUUUUGAGAUCAAAGCGAGAGCUGCAUGUAGCCACGUGUACACAUUUUGUUUAUAUCCUUUGCUAGUUAGUGAGUUAUUAGCCCAGUUAUAGAUCAUUUAUAAUCAACAAUAGGGGAGUGAUUGCUUCCUACAAGAGCACAAAAUGUGUACAUUUCUAGGCAUCUUUGAAAAGCGACUCCGGUAAAGAGCUUUUUUUUUUUGUCUUAAAGUAUUUUGAGACAGGCUUGAAUAAGCUAAGUAUCCAAUAGGCAGAGGGUAGCAUAAUUUGUCGGAUUCUCUGUAAUAAUGGUAUGGGAAUAAUAAUGCAUUUUAUUUGGUUUCUUGCAUCAAACAACAUUUUCAGUCACCUCCUUGUCUGAAGGACAAGUGGAUAAACAGGUUAAUGUCAAGUCCUGAAUGUUUUCUUCAAAAGUCUCAUGGAAUGUAGGCCUACAUUGAACACCACACAUUGGCUGCUACUGUAGGCUGAAUGAUAGAACAGCUAUUUCCACGUUACAAUGUUAUGGGAUGCAUUUUCUCCUUUGUGUUUCAUGGUAGGCCACUCUGGUAGGCCUACAUUAUGAUCAAAUAGCCAUAGUAGCUUAUUUGGCUACUGCUAAAACUGUAACUUCUAGCUGGUACAGCCUCAGUGUUCACAGUAAACGCACGCUGGAAGUUUCACAGAAUCUUCACAACAUUCAAGUUUACCUCAGCAGACCUGAAAUUUGCUCAGUGCCUACAUUUUUUUAGGGAACAUUGCUACAGUUGCUGUUUAACUUGACUGAAUGACUACCUCAUCUCUGUAUCCCAAACAUACCAUUUUCUAUAAGGUCGAGCAGUGAAUUUCAAACACAGAUUCAAUCCAUAAAGACCAGGGAGGUUUUCCAAUGCAUCGCAAAGAAGGGCACCUAUUGGUAGAUGGGGGGGGGGGGGGAGCAAAUAUUGAAUCACAAACUUUUGCCACUCAAGACCAAUGUCAACUAUGCUUCCGGAUCCUUUUCCAAGAUUAUUUUUCCCCCAGAAAGAUUAUUGUCGCUUUAGGGUACACCACAAAUCACCAGUAUUCUAUAUAACUAGUGCUAUACAUUUGCCAAUUCAACAAAUCUUUCUGUUGGGUGGAAGGGCGUUUUUAGAUUAUCCACUGUGACUGGCGACAGAAAUCUGUGUGCCAUGUUGUCCAUCGCUCAGUCGCAGCAGGCUUCAAGCUUCUGGACAGCAGAGCAGAGGACUGA